UUCAAUUUAGAAUUUAUGGUUGCAACAUUAGCCUUGCCAGUACGUAGAAGACUGUAGUUGAAUGGACUAAUAUUGGAAUGGCCAUGGUUCUGAUUCCCAUAUUGGGUUUGCAACACAACUGCUUUUCUAGACCCUGCCUUCUCCACUGAUAUACCUAAUGCUGAAAAAUCCGGAAUAGUUUGUCCUUUUGUUCAGAUUGUCUCAAUAGUCAGAUGGAGGAUAGUCGCAAUGAGCAUGCAUUUGUGUAAAAGAGGAUUUAUGCCUGGGUAUACUAGAUGCAAUGAACAUGGAGAGCAUCCGAAUUGGGUCAUUUUUUUGUCAAAUUAAUAAAUUUCAUGCUUAAUUCUUCUUUUGCCUUCUCGUAUCUCAAAUUUUGUUUUGAAAUUCUGCUCAGUAAACUAGAGAGACAACAACAAUUUUGAGUCAAGUUUUGCAGCAAUCAUUGAAAUUUUCUUUUACAGUGGUUUGGAUCAACAAACAUAUUUGCUUUGAAGCUUCAUGAUUCGCACACUAUCGAGACAUAUGCACACUGACAGCUAAUUUACUGUUUCAAUUUAUUGUUGCAACAUUAGCUAUGUCAGUAGAAGAGCAUAGUUGAAUAUACCAAUAGUGGAAUGAAGGUUCUGAUCCCCAUUUUUGGUGUGUAACACAACUGCUUUUCUAGACCGUGCUUUCAGCGAUAUCCCUAGUGCUGAAAAAUACGGAGUAGUUUGUCCUUUUUUGUUCGGAUUGCCGCAAUAGAGUCAGAUGGAGGAGAGCUUUAGUGAGCAUGCACUUGUGUAAAAGAGGAUUUGUGACCGGGGAUACUAGAUGGAGUGAACAUGGGAGAGCAUCCCAAAUUCCCAAUUGGGUCAUAUAUUUACUACAAAACUCAUAAAAUUCUGGGUCAAUUUUUGCUUUUCCUUCUUGUAUCACAAAUUUUCUAUAGAAAUAUCACUCACUAAUAUAAAGAGCCAACAAUAAUUUGAGUCAAUUUUUGCAGUCACCUUUUACUAAUGUUGAUACUGUGAGGGACAUGGUAGAAGGGAAGGUGUAAACGUAGUGCAUAUGCGCACCAUGGUGAAUGUACUGUGCAUUAACGAUAGGAAGUUCAGAUUAUAGUUUUGAUUGGGAAUGUGCAGAUUUUGAAGACUUCUCUGGGAAGAAUACUUUGACUUUCUAGAAUACCACAGGACCCUGCGUUCCAUGAAAACCAAAGGCAUCUGCAGUGAUUUUCUCACCAAUUUUUUUCUUUGGCAAAGAUUCGCAGGCCACAGCGAUGGACACCUCCAGCAGCAGCCGCCGCCGCCAGUGCAUGAAUCGUUUCUCAUCAUCAUCCGCGCCCGGUGAGGAGAGGGACUGGGCAGCGCUGCCCCAUGAUGUCCUGUUCAACAUCUUCCUCAGGCUGGGGUCCUGUGAGAUCAUGUGGGGUGCGGAGGGUGUCUGCAAGGCAUGGCGGCAUGUUGUGGUCGAGGAGCCUAAGCUGUGGCGCCACAUUCACAUCACGGCGGUUCCGGAAUGGUCGUCCAUUGACAUUGCUGUGCGCGACGCUGUGGACCGCAGUGCGGGUCUGUGUGAAGCCUUCUCAGGACCAUGGGACGAUGAGUCGCUGCUCUAUCUGGCUGAAAGGUCACCUUCUUUGAAACAUUUGCAUCUGUCACAUUAUGAGUAUGCAUCCUAUGAAGUACUGCUUGAAGCCAUCAAGAAGCUCCCUCUCCUUGAAGAUCUUGAAAUUUCACCUCCAUAUCGGCAAAUUUGUGCCUCAGAGUGGUUUUUCGAGUCUGUAUGCAAAGCCCAUCCUCUUCUCAAGAAUCUCAAAAUAAGGUUCACUAUGCCUUCUGGCUAUACUACUGCUCAUGCUGUGCUAGAGGACUAUAUUGAUGGAGACAUAUAUAGGACUCCAGUGAUCCAACUAUAUCUUAUCUGCUCGGGCACUGAUUGCGAUCCUCGACAAUUGCCCUCUACUAGUCACUUAACAUUACUGGCCUUUUUAUAUCUACGAUGGAUGCGCAGUUACGGAAGAAAUGUGCUAGAGUUAAGCACCUGAAUCUUCCUGAUUACUCAAAUGAUGAAGAUGAAGAGCCUGAAACAGACGGAGAUGAAGAGCCUGAAAUAGACGAAGAUGACGAGUUCUAAAAAAAAUAUCCUGACAGUGAUAGUGACAGUCGAUAAUAUGAAAAGUGGAGGAGUGCAUAGCAUGAUAGCAUCAUCAGUAUUGUUACUUCCUCGAUGUACCCAAUCAUACAUUAUCGUAGGGACGAUCUUGGUUGCAACAGUUCCACCAGUUUUAUAGGAGUGAUAUCAACUGUAACCACUGGAUAGCCUUAAGCGUUCUAAGGCGAGUGGACUUUUUUUUUUACUUUGAAGUCUGUCACGUUUAUUUUUUUUAAAAUCUAUGCCACUUUGUAAACCCUGAGCCUGCAGUUCCAGCUUCCGCACUGUGUGGGUGCCUCUUCAUCCUCGAUUGAGUCAUGUGCGUUGUUGUACAUGAUAUGCAAAGUUGUUUUGGCUUUA